CAUCUUCUGUAAAAUGAACUGUUGUAAAAAUGCACGCUGUUGUUUGGAUAAGUUUUUGCGUACGUCCAGCGAGGGUGAUACGAUGCUACAGAAUUACAGACGUUAAAACCGAAAGCUAUUUUCAAUAUGGAGUCUGCAGCGUUGCGCAUUUCGAGGAUCUGACGAAUCUGACUGACGAUUAUGACGACAGAAUAACCAAAGUUCACAGGAAUCGGCGAACAAUCAAAAUGUUUGCUAUAAAGAAUGUUAUCCUGACAAGUCUUCGAUUAUCGAGUUGUCCAAAAAGCACUAAAAAUUUAGCCGGGUUCUUUAGUAACAAGUUUGUUUCGUCUAUUGUGCCAAAUUUCUUUUCAACAUCAGUGCCGCAUUCAUUACUUCGGCAACUUCCUUCUAUUAGCACCAACACUAGUAUUUUAUCGUCUGUUUCAUCGUUGGUUCCUUCUCUGUUUAUGAAGAAAUCUUUCCCAUGCUUAGAGCAAACCAGAUCAGUCACAAAAUGGUCAUUGAACAAAGGCAAACGUAAGACAGUAAAGGCUGUUGUUGCUAGAUUCUAUCGUUUGAGCUGGGGUGCAUGGAUAAGACCAAUGGUUGGCCGCAACAAACGCCAUUGGAGUAAGACAGCGAAAAGAAAAAUUCGAUCUGAAAAGCAUGUGUUUUGCAAUUCUACUCAAUCAACACUUCUUGACAAAAUGGUAACCAAAUACUGGAGAAAAAGGAGGUUUUAUGUAGAUGAUGUGUAUGAACCUUACCACCAGCGAGAAGAAUACAGUUCAAGCGCUGUCAAACCACAUUGAAAUACAUGUUAAACACUAGUUGCAAUACAUCAGAUAAUGCCAAGAAAAA